AUGAGAGCAAAAAAGGUUGCAAAUGUUGAAAAAAUUCAUGGCACAACCAUCGAAGAAAUAGACCACUUAGUUGAAACCAAUGAAGUUAUUUUGGAGGGAUUUGAUGAUGAUGAACAUCAUUCCAAUAAUUCUCCUACAAGGCCUUAUAUUACCAAUUCUCAAGAUGUAUCAUCAUCUAGGACUAAGAAGCGAGUAAAGAAGGUUAUUGAAGAUGAUACAAGCAUGAUUGAGAUUUCCAAAACUUUCAAAGAAAUGGUUGAUGUGUUUGAAAUGAAUUUCAUGGAGCUGGUCAAACAGAGUAAAAUUGCUAAUGGUGGAGAUAUUUGGGCUGAAUUGGUCGAGAUUGGGGUUGAACCAAGUUCUUUGCCUUUUGUAUACAUGUACCUUGUUAAGAAUGCUGAUGCAUUGAAAGUUUUUAAUGAAAUUCUAAUCGAUAAACGGAAGGAAAUGUUACAUCUCAUUGUUCCAAACUAUCCCUUUUGA